AUGAAAGUAGGGAGCGGGGGGCCCACACGGUGGGGGCCACCAGACCAGGAGGAACGCCCGGAGCCGCGGCCAGCAAGGGGGCGCCGGCGAGAGCCGGGAGAGAGGGCCGGACCGAGGCCCGGCUGGGAAGGAGCCGAGAGGGGCGGCGCGAGGAGGGAGCCCCGCCGGGAACACCCGAAAGGGGGAGAAGGGGGACCGGAGAAGAGGAAAAGCAAGUUCGAGGAAGAAAGGCGCAAAGAGAGGGGCAGGAACAGAAGGGGGGGCGAUGGGGGAGGCACAGCGGAGCGGGAGAAGCAGGAGGCACAGCCGACAGGAACGAAGGAUGCCGCAAACAAGGGCAACGGACAGCAGGCAAGGCAGGCAGGCCGAAAGGAAAGACGAGCGAGCGAACAAACCAGGGCCGCGAGCGCCGCGCGGGGGCCGAAAGCAGCGGGCCGGAAAAGCCAAAGAGAGCGGGGCAGGGAAGUAAGGCCGAGGAACCCACGCCAACACAAGGAAAAUGACAAGAGAGGGAGGGAGAGAGAGCGAGAGAUAGGAAAACCAGGGGGAAGCAGGAAGAGAGAUACGGAGGAGACGCGAGCCGGGAAAACGAGAACAGAUCGCAACAGAGAGGGAGCAGCACAGGAACAGGAGAAGCAAGAGACAAAGAGAUGCAGGAGACAGCGGAAGGUAGUCUGA